AAAAGAAAUUAGUGCGACGAGGUCAAAGCUUUUUUAUUGUCACUGGGACGUAUCUCAAUCUACAAGUCGUGGGGUCCCUUCAAUGUUGUUGAUAGCACUCUAAUUGACACGAAGACUCACCGAAGAAGCUAUCCUUUUUGUAGUUUACCUGGGAAAAAAAUUAAUCAAAUAGAAAAACGCACUAACAAGCUUGAGGAAAAUAAUGAGCACCGAGUACGAUUAUCUGUUUAAGCUUUUGUUGAUCGGUGACUCGUCUGUUGGAAAAUCAUGCCUCCUUCUUCGAUUCGCCGAUGAUGCUUACAUUGACAGUUACAUUAGUACCAUUGGUGUUGACUUCAAAAUUAGGACGAUUGAGCUGGAUGGGAAGACCGUUAAGCUGCAAAUCUGGGAUACUGUUGGGCAAGAACGUUUCAGGACCAUCACUAGCAGCUACUACAGAGGAGCUCAUGGAAUCAUUAUUGUGUACGACUGUACUGAGAUGGAGAGCUUCAACAACGUGAAGCAGUGGUUGAGUGAGAUCGAUAGGUAUGCUAAUGACAGUGUUUGCAAGCUUCUUAUCGGUAACAAGAAUGAUAUGGUUGAGAGUAAAGUUGUUUCCACCGAAACUGGAAAGGCCUUAGCGGAUGAGCUUGGAAUUCCAUUUCUGGAGACCAGUGCUAAGGAUUCUAUCAAUGUCGAACAAGCAUUCUUAACUAUUGCUGGCGAGAUUAAGAAGAGAAUGGGAAGCCAGCCUAAUGCAAACAAUACAUCUGGAAGUGGAACUGUUCAGAUGAAAGGUCAGCCAAUUCUACAGAACAAUGGCGGUUGCUGCAGUAGUAGUUAAGCAAACUAUUAUCAAAAACUAUGUGAGACUUAGUUUUUCUGUUCUUAUGAUGUGUUGUGAAAACCAAUGGCUGUCUAAAACAACUGGAACCUUUAUUUCAUGUCACUGUGACGUUGUGCCCGAAUAAUCUAUAUGGUGUUAGUUGCUCUA